GUUCUGAAUUCUGGCGAAGCUGAUUUCAGAUCCAGGUCAUGUGUUUGGUGACUUCGCAUCUACGCUACGGUCGCCCGCUUCACAGUUGACGCACUUGCUUGCGCGAAAGAUAAAAAAGGCGACCACAAAAAUAAAGAAGAAAAAGGCAUAGAAGGUAGACCGGAGAUCCGGCGAAAUGGCGGCGCAGCCGCCGGCACCUCCGCCGGAUUUGAAGCUGGAGAUCGGGCCCGACGGACUCGCCCGAGAGUCCCCCGUAAUCGCCUACACGGAGAAGGUCAUUUUGGAGGAGCAGCUGCAGCUGAAGAAAUAUAUCCAGGAGAACUACUCCAAAAUUCGUGAUGUUGAAAAGGAGCUAGAAAAUUUGACUUUAGAAGUGAAACUGACAGCAGGACCAAAGAAAGCAGCACUUGAGCAUUUAAGGAAAAAGAUUGAAUUGUCAACAGAGAGAAUACGUUUGGCUAAGGUGAAAGAGGAACAAGCAAAAACGGCCUGGGAAGCUGCUGCACAAGUUGUUAAAGAUGAAGAGGACGCUAAGCAGAAGCUAUGUGAUGACCUGAACCGCCUGGUCCAAGAGAGCGCUGCCUCCCAAUAUUCAAGAUUAGAGGAGCUGAAGAAGCGUUUAGAAUCUUUGAAUCCUAGCAGGGCUUCUGUUGAUGUUUCGGUUGUUAGUACUGCACAGCAUGCUAUAUCAAAUUCAUUGCCGCAGCAGCACACAGCACACAAUAUUCCUGCAAUUAGCCCUUUGUCUAAUGCCGGAGAGGCUGCCUCCGGCAGACAGCAGGAAAGACCUUCUGAGGCAGAAAAGAAGAGAAGACCAUCAAACUCCGGAAGAGGGAGAGGUGGUGUCAUGAUCCUUCCCAAGGGAAGAGGGAGUUCGGCGUCAGGAUGGACAGGCGCUGGUUUUGACGUGGAUGGUGGUACAUGAUGUUAGGAUUUAUAAUUAUACUCGACGCAUUGAAUUGAUGCUCUCCUUGGUAUACAACAGUUAGAUUGUUCAGCUCGAACAUCAGGACCAGCCGUUCCAGAGCACCCUAGAAUGAAGAACCCAAUGUAUUAUUGAUUAUUUGUUUAUUAAUGUAUAUGACUUAAGCACCAAGUUAAUCAGAGUUGUAGCAUCUAUACUGUAACUGCCAUACAGUCAAAACGAAUUACUUUUUUAUAAACUGAAUAAUUGUUCCAAGAA